GUGGAUGCUUGUAUGUAUAAUAACUGUUUAAUUUAAGCAGGAUGUUCACUUGCGAUAAAAACUGCCACAGUAUAACUUUUAAUCCCUGAUUUGCGUUUAAAGUACGCAAACAUCCCAGAAUUGGUCUAUACAUACAACACAGUUUGAAUAUACUGAUGUGGCUGUUGUAAUUGAAUUUGUUAUGCUUCUGGCAGUAAAUCCUAUACAGAGAUAUGUCAGAAUCUGUGUGUCAUUAUCGUUUGCUGAUCUCCUCGUGCUGCUUACUGCCGUUCCGGAAGCCAUAAUUAGUCACCAUGUAGGGAAACGAUGGUUGUUUGGAUCAGCCGGGUGUGCUGUGUUUGUCUUUCUAAAUUUUUUGGGGAUCAAUGUCGGCAGUCUAAGUAUCAUGACCUUUACGGUGGAGCGCUACAUCGCCAUUUGCCGCCCACUCCUGGCUUAUCGCGUGUGCACCGUGGAGCGGACGAAAAAAAUCAUCUUCUGGGGAUGGAUUAUUGUCGUCGCGUACUGCUGUCCGUGGUUUGCCCUGACGGAGGUGAAGACGGAUAACCACUACAAAGAUCGUCAGCAGUGUCAGUUUCGCAUGUCAAAAGAGCAGUACAGUGCCUUUUUCAUUGCCGAUUUUGCCAUAUUCUACUUGGUCCCGCUUUUAACCGCCUUUGUCUCCUACGUUUACAUUGGUAAUGCUGUCCGGAAACGUCAGAAUUCCGCAACGUCACGGGGGGGUUCAAUGCGAGUAUCUAUCCAGCUGGAAACCGAACAACAGCCGUUACGCUACCGGCAUUCCACCAGCGCCGGCAGUGUGUCGAUAUAUCGACAUUCCUCGCGCGGCGCUCAUCCAUGGCCACAGAAACAGAAUAAUUCGGUGAACCGGAUGUUAAUCGUCGUGGUCAUCCUCUUCGCUGUUUCCUGGCUGCCAUUCCGCUUGCUCCUAAUCUAUAACUCAUUUGUAUCGCGUUCCUGGCUGGAUAUUUGGUUUCUGUUGUUUGCUAAAAGCCUCGUUUAUCUGAACUGCGCAAUAAAUCCUAUUUUGUACAACAUUAUGAGCCAGAGAUUUCGCCGAGCGGUGCGGCAGACGCUCUUUUCCUGCUGGCCAGGUUUCGAGUUUCGCCGACAGUCCAUUCGUGACCGCAGCAGCACGGCAACCCUUCCGAGUGUUGUGCAGCUGAAAGUGGAGACAGUCAUUACCGGGAAAUUUCACGAAGACGACUAUUUUGUUCCCAGAGUAGCCGUAUGAUUCGUGAUGGACAAAAACCGCUAAUCGCACGAAAGCGUGAUUUGUACAACGUUUGUGGCGAUUUCCAUGAUCUAAAAACUGUCUACGCGCUCAUCUGUAUUUAAUACGUUGGCAUUUCACUUGUUUUACGCUUAUUGCCGGUUCUACUCUUGCUUUCUCUUCAAUUUCUACUUUCUAAAAUGUAAUAAUGCACAUCUGUUGCGAUUCAACGUGAGAUUUAAUUGGAUUUGUCGCUGUUUCACAUUUUGAUGUAACAUUAUUCGAAAUGUGAACCUCUACUGAAAAAUCAAAAUUCGAUCAAUACAGGAAAACA